GCCCGCUGACCAUCUCAGCAAGGAUAAGGUUAGAAAAGAAGUCGUACACUCAGGCUCUCGUUAAACUACCGAGGUGGCCUCGUGUUCGAUAUAUCACAAUCGUCUUGGACAGACCAUGACUUGCUCCUACGCCCACAUCUCAACGCACACCUGCUCACAGGACAAUGGCUCGCCAACACCAUGAGCGAUACUACUUCGACGAUGGCAACGUGAUCUUCCUGGCAGAAAACACGUUGUUCAGCGUGCAUCGAUACUUCCUCCAGCGCGAUUCGCCCAUCUUUCAGGCGAUGUUCUCGCGGCCAUCGUCGUCCGGUGAAGGAAAGUCGGAUGACAAUCCGAUCGUUCUUGAAGGCACGAAGAGCGCCGAUCUGUCCUGUUUCCUGUCCUGUCUGUACCCGAUCAACUACGGACAUGGUGAUCUAACGACGUACGAGGAGUGGGCGGCAGCCCUCGAACUGGCUGUCAAGUGGGAGUUCGACCGCAUUCGCGACUUUAUUGUGCAGCGCAUCAAGGAUACGGCAACUCUGGUCGAGCAGAUUGUCACUGCGCGUCGAUUGAACAUGCAGCAAUGGUGCUGGGAUGUUUGCGCGAAGCUUUGCGAGAGGGCUCAACCGUUGACUCUGGAAGAAGGACAACGCCUGGGUUUGGAGGAUACAGUCAGAAUCUCUGAAGUGCGCGAGAAGCGACGCGCACGCCCGAAGGUCGAACGGUCCAUCGUAACAGGCUAUUACGAUGGAUGGCAAGACCCAGAGAAAUUACAUACCAUCUCAGAUGCCAGCGAUGACGUGAAGUACUACGUCAAGGAAACACUUCAAUUACCUGAGCUUCCUUUUACUAGCCCGGAGCCAGAUUAUUACAUACUGUAGCACCUGCGGUUCCCACACUACCCCAUCAAUUAGGCCUGACACAUGAUACCACCGCGUUAAACCUGGGACUUAUCAAACGAGUCCCCGGGCCAUCCGGCUAUUCCGGGUACGUCCCGUGCGAGCGCUUGGCCCCUGCCAGCGAGGCAGGGCGCCCGAUGCCAUCGGGUCCCGUGAUGGACGUCCCGUA